CCCAUUACGUUUUGUUGACUUUUCUAAAUAUCUAACCUUAAAAUUGAUACAAUGGCAAUUCACAUCCAAGGCGGGAAAGAUAUUGCAAAAUCUUCAAUAGAAGAGAAUAUACAAUCUAUGCCAUUUAAAAUCUCAGCCGACUGCGAUGCCAAAGUUUCGACGUAUUUCAAACCACUCGUCAAAGUAAACGAAGACUCGAUCUAUUCAAGCUCAUUCCGAGGGCAUCCCUUAUCUGGUAAAAAACUGGCAAUUCCCGACGGUUAUAUGGGCGUGGUUUUACAUGAAACGGUACCACCUGGUACGGACAAAGUCGAUCGAAAUUUUUAUAUAGUGAAUAAAUUUGAUUCGUUCAUGCAUUGGAAUUGGGAUAAGACGCCUACGCUCAACGAUCCAAUUAUGCAAGCGCUGCAUGUGUGGAUCGACGUCGCUGAAGCUCUACACUCGUCGUGAUUUUUUACAUUUUGGUUGUACAAGUGAAUAUAUAUCGUAAAAAUAAAUCUAGCAUAUUAUUAGA